AUGGCAGCCAAGGUCAUACCCGUUAACAAGAACUGGGAGUUCAGGCAGGCUGACAAGGACGACGACAAGUUCCUGCCCGUCGCCCAGUUCCCCACCAAUGUCCACCUCGACCUCAUGCACCAUGGCCUCAUCCCCGACCCCUACAUCGGCAAGAACGAGCUCGAUGUCCAGUGGAUAGGAGAGAAGCAAUGGGUCUACAGGACUUCCUUCACAGCCCCGGCGGUCGGGAAGGGCAACAAGGCUGUCCUUGCCUUUGACGGCCUGGACACCUUUGCAACGGUCGUCCUCAAUGGCACCACCAUCCUUGAGUCGGACAACAUGUUCACACCUGAACGGGUCGAUGUCACUUCGACUGUGAAGGAAGGCGACAAUCAAUUGGUCAUCACAUUCGACAGUGCCUAUCUGAGGGGAUGGAAGGAAGUCGAGAAACACCCAGAUCACAAAUGGGGCUGCUGGAACGGUGACAGUUCAAGACUGGCCGUCCGAAAGGCACAAUAUGAGUUUGGGUGGGACUGGGGUCCAGUCCUCAACACCUGUGGCCCCUGGAGGCCAGUCAAUCUCGAGAUCUAUGAGUCUCGAGUCUCGGAUCUGUACUUCCAAAGCACUGUUGAGAAGGAUCUGAAGACUGCAACCGUUGUCACUCAUGCUGACGUUGAGGGUCCAGCCAACAAGAUCCGUUUCGACGUCACCCUGGAUGACAAGAGCGUGGCAUCCGAGACGAUCAAGGGAGGUGCUGAUCUCCAGGCAACGUUCCAUAUCAGCAGCCCCUCGCUCUGGUACCCAAUCCGUUACGGCAAGCAGCCUCUGUACACCAUCAAGGCCACCCUCCUCAGCGACAGCGACGACGAGAUCCACAGCGUCACCAAGAAGAUCGGCCUGCGCCGAGCCGAGCUCAUCCAGCGACCACUGAAAGGACAGCCCGGCACCUCGUUCUUCUUCGAGGUCAAUAACAUCCCCAUCUACUGCGGUGGCAGUGACUGGAUCCCGGCCGACAAUUUCCUCCCACGCAUCUCCCGUCAACGUUACUACGACUGGGUCAAGCUUGUCGCCGACGGCAACCAGUUCAUGAUCCGUGUAUGGGGCGGUGGUAUCUACGAGGAGCAGGCAUUCUAUGACGCAUGCGAUGAAUAUGGCAUACUUGUCUGGCAGGAUUUCAUGUUCGGAUGUGGAAAUUACCCGGCUCAUCCCUCUAUCCUCAAGUCCAUCAAGCGCGAGGCCGAGGCGAACGUCAAGCUCCUAAGGCACCAUCCCUCCAUAGUCAUUUGGGCUGGCAACAACGAGGACUACCAGUACCAAGAGUCCGAGAACUUGACGUACGAUUUCGAAAACAAGGAUGCCGAGUCCUGGCUCAAGACCGACUUCCCCGCACGUUACAUCUACGAGAAAAUCCUCGCUGAUGCCUGCUCGGAGCUCAUACCCGACACAUACUACCACUUCGGCAGCCCUUGGGGAGCAGGCAAGCCCACAUCAGACCCAACAGUGGGCGAUCUCCAUCAGUGGAACGUCUGGCACGGGUCCCAAGAGAAGUAUCAAGACUUCGACAAGCUCGUCGGACGAUUCGUCUCCGAGUUCGGCAUGGAAGCCUUCCCCAACCUCAAAACCAUCGACGCCUUCCUGCCCAAGGGUAAGGAUGACCCAGACCGCUACCCACAAUCCAGCACCAUCGACUUCCACAACAAGGCCGAUGGUCACGAACGCCGCAUAGCGCUAUACCUGGUCGAGAACUUCCGCUAUGCACCGGACCCGAUCGAGCAAUUUGUCUACUGCACGCAACUCAUGCAGGCCGAGUGCCUCGCGUCCGCGUAUCGGCUGUGGAAGCGCCAGUGGAAAGGACCCGGGCGCGAAUACUGCGGCGGCACACUAGUCUGGCAGAUCAACGACUGCUGGCCUGUCACAUCCUGGGCCAUUGUGGACUACUAUUUGCGGCCCAAGCACGCCUACUAUACCGUUAAGCGCGAGAUGGCGCCUCUGAGCAUCGGCAUGACGCGCCGCGAGCACAAGCACCCCAAGGACAAGUACACCCGCGUCGACGUCGAGACCAAGACCGUCAUCGAGGUGUGGGGCAGCAACCUGACGCUUGAGGACGUGACCGUCGAUACAAUUCUGAAGGCGUGGGACGUCGAGACGGGCAAAGAGACGUACAACGAGACGGUCAAGAAGGAUAUCGUGCUGCAUGAGAACAGGUCAACCGAGAUCCUCGCUCAAGAUGUCCCUGUCAAGAACCCUGGCAAGGGCGAGGAGGCACGUACAGUGGUCGCCGCGUACACGAUCUGCAAGAAGACGGGCAAGCAACUGGCCAGAUACGUCAAUUGGCCCGAGCCACUGAAGUACCUGCACCUGCAGAAGCCCAAGGAGCUCAAAGCUGCCCUGAACAAGGACGGCACCGCUGUCGAGAUCAGCGCCGAGGUCCCGAUCAAGGGCCUGGCAGUAGAGUGCGAGGACGACAAUGUCAAGUUCGAUGACAACCUCGUGGACAUUGUGCCCGGCGAGGUCGUCAGCAUCGGGGUCAAGGGCGCUACGAAGGACACGGUAUUUGAGACACGAUACCUUGGCAUGAUUUAG